AUGGUAGCGAAGCGGCAACAAAGACUAGUCUCUGAGAGUUAUGCAAUCACAAACAGAGAGAAGCUUCCUGGCAUAGCACCCACCGAAGAUCGAGUCAGCAGAGGGCAGUUUCGCGGCCGUUGUGUUAUCCGAUUAGGAUCUGGUGAUCGACGCGUUUUGAAUCAUGAGGAAGAUGGUCCUGCUGCAAUGGAGCGAACCCACAAAGCGGCGGAGACGUUGGAAGCCACAUUGCAUCACUUCUCAUGUGAGGCGUCAGAGACGGGACCUCUCAAGAGUGAGGCUCAAGGUCUAGACCUGUCCGUCCCUGUUGCGCGGAGUAGCCUUGCAGGCCCCUUUGUUCUACCGACUUUGCUUUCUGGCGACACUCAGUAUAGUCAUUGGUGUGGAAAUAGAAGUGCGUGGUGA